UAGAAGCCACGGUCUGCUGCUGAUGCAAUGACACCAGUCUCACUCGGGAGCUCUAUGGAGGACUGAUCUUGGGGAGUUAAAAUCAAAACCCCAACAAGGGGCGUCCAACUGGGAAAAUGGAAACUUUGUGUCCUGCCGAUUGUGAUCGGGCUUCGGAGAUAUCCUUCUGUCUGGAGGAUGAAGUUCCCCCAGAGACUGUCCUGAACGCUGAAGAAACGGAGGAGCUCAAGCAGAGUUUAAAGGAUAUUGUUCAUACUGAAGAUGUGAAGCCUAAACUGCAGUGCCUUAUGUCCAACCCCUGCUUUUCCAUGGUAACGGUUCAAUGCGAAGAUAGUGGGAUACACUGGGAGACCAGUUCAAGCCGAUGCUCCACACCAUGGGCUUCGGAAGCCAGUACCACCUCUGAUGUGUACAGCAUGGAAAGUUCUUCAGUGGGUACGCCGCCCGGUAAGGUAAUAUUCAUAAUGGAUGAGGGCAAGCUACGUCGGAAAAGAGUCAGACCAUCCUCGCAAUAUUCACGGCACGCUUCGCAUGAAAAGAAAAGUUUAAGCCAUCAAAAAGAGUCUGCAGAAAACAUGGGGAAUGCUGUGAAAGAAGCCAUUGAAAAAGCUAGAAGUCAGUCCUCUAUACUCACAGAAAGAACAAAUAAUAUCAAUGGCUCCAAUGACGUAACAAAAAUCUUGGAAUUAAAGUCUAUCUCAAUUCCAGAAAACCAAGCAAAGAAAAAAAAAUCCAUAGACUCUGGAGUCCAUGUGUUAAACACAGUGUCAGAACAAGCAGAUGAAGUCAAAGAGGAAUCCAUUCAAGAUGUUUCUGAGAAAUCUUCUACAAAAGCUUCUUUGGAUGAUGCAAAAUCUACACCAGACAUUGCCAAAAUAAAACAAUCUUUCCCCAAAGAUUCCGUUGAUCCUCUUGUUAAAACAGAUUUUCAGCAAAUGGGAUCUACUUUGGAUAGUUCAGUAAAUGGACUGUCAAAAAAGUCAGCAGCUGUCUCUUCCGCAUUAAUCAGCCAAGCAGAAAAUCAUCUUUCAACUGAAAAAGUAGACAGAGUGUCAAAGCAAGAAAAUUAUAAUUUAUCGCAUGCACCUUCUGUAAAGAAGCAAGAAGACAUUGAAUUCAAUACCCUACAAAGGCCUUAUACAGAGCCAGAAGAAUCAAUUAUUAAUUCAUCAUUGUCAGGUGACAGGUUAGACCAAAAGGAGCCUCUACUUCUUAAUCCUUCUUUCAUUCAGUCUCUCACUGAACCACCUAGCUCUUUACCAUUAUAUUUUACAGACACUGAUGAAAUCCCCAGUCCAAAAAUUAGUACAAUUGAGAUGCUGGUUGAGCGCCUCUUAAAUGAGACAACUAAGUCAGCACUUGAACAAUCAUCUCGGCAAAACCUUUCCGAUGAACCAAAAGAGGAACAGACUCAAGAAACGAUGGAAAGUAAAAUGGAACCUAGUUAUCGAUAUGUUCAAGGAAAUAUAUCAAGUGUUGUAGGGGACAACGAGAGGCAAAGAGAACGAUUCACGAUGGCACCAAUAGAAGAGGUUUUUGGUAUACCACCCAGUUCUUCCUUGACAGCAGCCACAAAUAAUUCUGAAGUAAAACAAUCUAGUGGUUCACUAAGAACCAUGGACUUGGCAACAGAAAACACACCUAAACUUCUUUAUCCCGAAGAACAGACUGUCACACAUCAAACAAAUUACUUAGACACCAAAGAGCCUCCUGACACACAAUCAGAUGUGUUCAGUAUUGUAUCUGAAGGUUCAGAAAUAUUAAAUAUUAUAGCUCCACAGCUUAUAUCUUCAGUAGAUCAAGAAGCAAGUGAUGAAAUGCAGGAUAGACUAGAAUAUUUGAAUGAAACACCCCUGCUCACGCCAAAACUACUUCACCAAGAAGAGAAUGCAUUGGUUAAACCUAAUAUUUCUGUCGAUACCCAUUUAGAAGCAAAUCAGGACGUGAGACCACAACUGAAGAAAAGUGAAAGUGGUGAAGAACAUGCAAAGAAAGCUGACUCGGCCAAUGUAAGACAAUAUAAUGCCAGUAAAAGUAUCACUGAUAUAGACUACUUUGAAAAAUUCACUUUAAUUGAUGACAAAAUGCCAGUUGGGUCUGAAGUUGCAAAAGCAACAUAUGUUGAAAAGGCUAAAUUAAAAUCAGAGUUAAGUGGCAAUUUUAAAGACAGUUUAGAAGAUGAAUAUUACAUGUUGGAAAAUUUGGAUGAAUCAUUCUACGGUGUUAUGAAAAGUGAUGACACAAUGACUGAUUAUGGUUCCUUUAAGUUUGAAAGGUCUACUGCUAAUAAAGAAGAUACACAAACACACGAAAGUGAUGUAAAACCUACAGGGACGUCCUUGUUUAACCCAGAAGAAGAGGUUUUAUGCAAAUCUUUGUUUUUUCCUACCUCUUACCCAAUAAAUCCAGAACUUUUACAAGAACCACCUGCUUUAGCAUUUCUCUAUGAAGAUCUUUAUGAAAAGGCAACCAAAGAUGAAAAUGAACCAUCUGAUGCAGAAAGUACAGCUUCCGGUGCCACAUUCCAUAGCAGAAUUUCUGAUGACGAUGGCACUGGAAUAUAUUUUGAAAAAUAUAUCCUUAAAGAUGAAAUCCCAAUUGACAAAGCCAAGCCAAAAGAAGUAAAAGACCUAGUUGACGGCUUGGAAUCUGAUAGUCCAAUCAUUUCCCAGACUAAACCUCAGACAAACAGUCUGAGAAGAGAACAAGUCUUUGGUGAUAGCUGCAAUAAUGAGAUUCCCAAAGAGAUUACUGAGGGAAACAAUGGAAUUUAUGAAGUAUUAUCCCAUGGACCCUCAAAGGAGACAUCCAGAGAAGGAAACAAGGAAUACUUUAAACCCAAACCAAAUGAAAAGGAACAAGCUACCUUAUCUGGUAGUAAAAUCACUGACAUGUUAGAAGAACAUCUUCGUGAAGAAGUCCAAACAUCAAAUAAAGCUAAAGAGCAAUCAGAAGGAGGUGAUAUAAGACCAGUAAAUGCAGAAGGAACGCAACGUGCAUAUGAAAAGGAAACACAAUGCCUAAAAAAUGAGUUCACAGCUGAAUCCCUAGAUUAUGUGGUAAUAAGUCAAGAAGAUCUUCAAGAUGAAAUACCACAUGUGCAAGUAGCAUCUGAAGACCGAGACUCGCUAGGACAUGACUUUGAUAGUGGCUUUGAUUUGGUUAUAGAUGCUGAUCAAGAAAUGCAACUGGACCAUGGAGAUUCUGGCUUUGAGAUCAUAGAAAAUGAAAAAUCCCCCGGAGAGUUAACUGAACCAUCACUAAUGGAUGGGAAGGGCACUCAAAUUGACACUUAUUGCUACACAUGUAAGGUUCCCAUAAUGGCCAUUGAUAAGAUUUUUGGUGACCAUAAAGACCAUGAUGUAACCACCAUAGACAACGCAAUCAAUGAAAUGACAGAAGUACUGGAGGAUCUCCUAGAAAAGCUCCAGGAAAGUUCUCUGAAAACUGAGGAUUUUGUGAGCAAAGUAGAAGCCCUAUUCAAUGAUGUCGAAACAAAUUGUACAGAAACAGAGAAAGUUUUAGAAGAACAGAAUGAAAAGAUGGUUCAGAAGGUAAUUUCUCAACACGCUGCCCAGAGAGAGAGUUUUGAGGAAAUGAAGAAAGUGAAAAUGGAAUUUCUGCAUGACCAGAUGAUCAGCUUCCAGCAAAAAGUGGACACAGCCAAAGAAAUCCUGGAGAGAGCAGCAAAGGACAUGGAAGAGCUGGACCCUGUUGUGUUUUUAAGUUUACAUGAUGAGGUCAAUACGAGGCUUCUUACAGCCAUGGAGAGCAUGGCAUCACUAGACGAGAUCCCCAAUGCCAGUGCACUUUUUGAAAAGUGUUCAGUAAGUUCUACUAGAGAAGAUCAGAAGAUCUUAAAAUCUCUACCAGUUCCUCAGACACCAAAGUUAAAGGCCCAGGAGCCCAACUCGGCUACCAGUACCUCAAUUACAGUGUAUUGGGCUAUGAGUGAAGGCGAUGUUAUUGACUGCUUUCAAGUCUACUGCAUGGAGGAGCCUCAGGGGAACCGAGAAGAGCAUGCUCUGCUGGAGGAAUACAGGGUGACCGUGAAGGAGAGUUUCUGUAUCUUGGAGGACCUUGAGCCAGAUAAAUGUUACAAUGUCUGGGUUAUGGCUGUAAAUUACACAGGGUGCAGCUUCCCCAGUGAGAAGACUACUUUCAAGACUGCCCCGUCUUCACCCAUAAUUAAGGCAGAAGAGUGCACUGUCUGCUGGGAUACGGCUGUUAUCAGAUGGAGCGCCGCUCACCCGGAAUCCACAGAUUCAUUCACACUGGAGUGGUGCAAGCAGUACUCCUCGGAAGGAGAAGGACUUAGAUCUGUGGCAGGAAUCAAAGACCAACAGUUGAAAGUCACUCUGCAGCCGAACGAGAACUAUUUCUUCUAUGUAAGAGCCGUGAAUGCCUUUGGAUCUAGUGAACAAAGCGAAGCUGCCCUUAUUUCAACAAAAGGCACCAGAUUCCAUUUGCUUAGAGACACAGCUCAUCCAGCCUUGGACCUAUCUCCUGAUGGAACUGUGAUUAGCAUUUCUGAGCAGAAUGAGAUUACUGGAAUUCCGCUAGUUCUGGGGGAACUGCUUCCCGCUAAAGGUCGUCACUAUUGGGAGAUGAUGGUUUCUGGAUGCAGAGCUUACAGUGUUGGUGCCACAUUUCAGCCAUCUAAAGAAGACUACCCCUUUGUGCAGGAGAGUACCACGUGGUGUAUGCAGUGUUGCAGUACCUCGACAAGCUUCUCCUACAAGUUCCUCCACAAUGAAGUCUUGAGUGAGGUUCACUUGACCGAGCCACCGGUCCGUGUCGGAAUUCUGCUGGAAUACACAAUUGGGAGGCUUUCUUUCUACAACGUCCAGAAGGGGAAUUUGUUGUUCUCUUUUAGGCACAGGUUUUCAGAGGCUGCACACCCGACCUUUGUUCUCGAGGCGCAUGGGGAGCUCCACUUACACACUGGUAUUGAAUUGCCACGGUUUGCCAAGCACAGCUAACUACUUGUCCCUUUUAGUGCCCCCACUGUUUGCUAAAAGCCAUAAGUAUAGUGUUUACUAAAAAGUAUUGCUGUCCCAGAAAAUAUUGCAUUGGCUAUGGGGAUAUUACAAUCAGACUUUAAAGUUGGCCUCUAUGGGAGUUUUAUUUUUAUUUUGGAUUUUUUUUUUCUCUUUCUCUUUAUUUUAUUGGAAAUUUAUAUAUGGCAAUUCGGUAAUUCUUAAAUAAACUGUAUGUGCAAUAAAUGAAAUACUAACAA